AUGAAGUGUGAGAACACAUCACAUCUAGAAUACUCUGUAUCCAGAAGAUUAGCCGCUGUGCUUGCAAUCGUCAUGCUUCCCAGGUAUAAAACAUGUGUAUAUGUAUGUAUGUAUGUGUGUAUAUAUAUAUAUAUAUAUAUAGAUAUAGGUGUGUGUGUGUGUGUGUGUAUAUGUAUGCAUGUAUGUGUGUGUUGUUUGUGUGGAUAGAGAGAGAGAUCUAUAUCGGCUUGCAUAUGUUCCAUUUAUCAAAUUACCAUUCAUAUGUAAGUCUUAAAGUUAAAUAGUGAGUUUGACACUCUUUCAGGGUGACACAGUCUCAAUCAUAAAAUAUAUUUUUCCUAAAAAUAAAACAUAUCAGAAUAAUAAAAUAUAAACGAUUACACCCUAAUCCAAACCAAAAAGUUCCAUGAAAAUCUGUUUUGUCUACGGACAUGAUACUGAAAGUAAUAAGGUAAGCACUUGAUUAAUAUAUGUUGUGUGAGGGGCAAAUAAGGCCGUAUAGGAAUUAAAGGGAAAAUGAGUCGGUUGAGGUGUGCCGGAACCGACGUCGUGGUAGGCCUGUAAUAAAAGAGGGCCCACCCAUGAGGUGUAAUGAAAGGAUAGGUAGAGGGAGUGGAGGGUGGGGACAUGUGAGUCGCUAAAAAAAAACGUACGGGACGGAGGAAGGUGAGUAGGGGGGUUUAAGUAGGGAAACAUGCCCCUCCCACAACUGCAGGCCAAGCCUUUACAUUUGUGUGAGGGGCAAAUAAGGCCGUAUAGGAAUUAAAGGGAAAAUGAGUCGGUUGAGGUGUGCCGGAACUGACGUUGUGGUAGGCCUGUAAUAAAAGAGGGCAAAAAAUUGGAUACCUGUCAGAAAUGAAAAACAAUCAACAAAACCUUAUUGCCUAGCUAUAUUGUAAAUGCCGAGCGAGUAAAUAGUUGCCCAGCGCUUAACCGGCACUCUUCGUUAUGCAAGGGGAAGUAAGGUAUGGUAAACGUGUUGGCCCUCUAGGGUAGACUAAGUGUGGGGGUAGAGAAAGGUAAACAAUAGACUGCAUGAAUAGGUGAGACUUCCUGAGAUAAUGCUACAAGAAGGACGUGGUGGCUGUGGGAAAGUAUGUGAGACCCAAGAAACUGUGGAAGCAGGUAUAGCGGCUCAACAACUAGAUUAUAGUUUAAGUGACUAGUUCCCACUAAGUACAAACGGUUGAUCCAAAAGAAGGCGAAAAACCCAGUUUGAAGCGCUGCCAAUUUGCAACAAGCUGGGAAAAAAAUCCUUCUUGACCCCAUAAUGGCAGUCGGAUUUCCUUGGAUCAAGCAAUUAUUGCCCUACAUUGAAAGUUGAUGCCCGGUUCGUAGUGUCAGGCCUUUUAUAGGUCUGAUAGUGGUUGAGAUACUUGGAUGUUAAUGUGAAAUCUGUAAACUCGAAAUUUCCCAGAACCUGAAAACGCCUUGAGUAUGGUAUGAGGAUAUGAAAACUGUGUAUGAAUGGUAAACCUGUACAACAGUGGAGUUGUAAACCGGAUAGGUAGAGUUGAUGCAAGUUAGAGGUGGCAAAAGAAGCAAAACCAAAAUGCAGACAACACAGCAACAGAUACAGUAUCAGUAUACGCGAAAAAGGAGCCUCAAAGGGGAAGAAGGCCCGAACACACGUACCGCGAGCAUAGGAAAAGAGACAGAUGUGAAAAGAUGACGACCAUGAGCUUGCUAGGCUUGCCAGACCCUCCCACAACUGCAGGCCAAGCCUUUACAUUUAAAUAUUUGCAUCAGAAAUUGCAUUAACCUAAUGUGGGACCUUAGGCAGCAGUUUCAUCCCCCAACCAAAAAGCUGUAUUUAUCACAUUAUCAUCGACUUUAUAUUUUAUCAAAAAAAAAUCACUUUCUUUUAUUUUUAUUUGUAUGUAUGGAAGUCAGCAGUUGCAAAAAUUUAAUUAUAUUAAUUUUUUUUUUCUACUCUCCAUUCCAGUGAUAUUUGUACAUCUUUACCAAGAUUAAAAGGUGCAAGUAUACUUCUGAUAACUCUCAUGAUUAGUAAGUAUCUCAGACUCAUAUGAACAAACUAUUAAUGAGAUUUGUUUUAUAGUCUAUAUAUAUUUUAAUUCACUCUCCACGAGGGUAAAUUCUAGGAAAUUCCAAAUAAAUUGUCCUGCAACUCCUUUUUGCUCACCCACAUUCUAGAAAUUAGCGUUUUUUCAUUCUGCAAUUAUAGAUUUUUAAUUUAGACAUUUGCUGGUGAUUUUGCCUUCAUACUUCAUUGAGUAAAUUAUCUAUAACUGUGGUAAAAAUGGUGCUCUAAGCACCAUAACCACUACCGGUAAAGGAAGUGUUUUUACGGUGAAAAGAGAUUAUGGAUGCCAUCUCCUGCUUUCGGCCCGCCAUCUCUCUAGCCACGCUGAUGAUGCAGAAUUAAAAAUAUCCGUUGCAUUCAACCUGGAUUGCGAGGAUUGGCUUAGAUUGCUCGUGUCUGGUUUAUGCAGUGCUUUCAGCCCAUUUCAUCCAGGUUGGAUGGCAUUGAUAUUGCUUAUGCAGAUGUUUUAAUCAGAAGUUUAAAUUCCACAUUUUCUUUUUGCUGGAAAGGAUGGUCUCUUGUUGCCAAUGAGAUAUUUAUUUAUUACAAAAAAUAAAAAUCGCACCCAAAUGGCAUAAUAGAGAUACCAUGUUCUCUUUAAAUAUUAAGAUAUUUCUAAAGGACAGUGCGGGCCACAAGUUGUAUUCAUCCUACUCUGAUGUUAGAUCGGGUAAGUGUAAAAGAAUGCAGUAGAGCAGCGUCUUGCUAUAGAAUUGUUGUCUGAAUAAUGCAGUGUUAGAGGCAUCUGGAGGAUUAAGUCACGGCUAUUGUUAUAGUUACAUUUUAAGUUUCUGUUUUUUAUCUUGUUUCAUUUUUAGAAUUUCUCUUACCUUAUCAUACUUUGUAGAAAGAUGCUGUGAACCAUUGCAAUCUAGUGAUCUAAUAGAUGGUUUCCUAAAUUUUUGCUGGGACCACCAUUCAAGUGAGGGACAGUCUCCCAGCAGCAAAAGCCCUGCAUUCUCUAUCCACACGUUGUGAAACAGAGCUCAAAAUGUGUUUUUAACUUUUCAUGAGGAUUACUCUUUAAAGUGAGAAUUGUUAUAGCUGAAUUGCAGCUAUGGCAACUAUGCAGCAACUAUUUUGGUACACAAUUAAGAUUCCUGGCAAUUCUUACUUUAGUGAAUAACCCAGAAUGUGUUUAAUUUAGAAAUUCUCGUGAUCUGUUAAGUUACUUAAGACUUGACGUGAUACAUUACAUGUCCAAUCUUGCCUUUUCAGGUCUUUCUGUGGCACAUGAGAUAAUUGUCACUCAGGACUCUAUUCAUGCCACUGUUGGGCAAUCCAUCCUUCUCCAAACUGUCUAUAAAAUCUCACAAACCUUCUACAACUGGCCAUCUCUUCAGUGGACAUUUGGAAACAAGAUUAUUGUGUAUUACUCUUUGCAAAAUGGAUCAAUAGACCCUCAAGGAACGCCCUUAUGGACUACCGGAAAUACCCGAAUAUUCCCAUUGUAUAAUCACCGUGUAACAUUUUAUCCUGACAAUGGUUCAUUAUUACUGACAAAUCUCCACCUUCAGGACAGUGGCUGUUAUAAACUAUAUCUACUAAGUUUUGAAUCAAUAAUUAAUAAGACCAUCUGUCUGCACGUAGAUGAUCCGUCUUUAUCGUCUGGUACGUAUAAAUUAAUGACUUCCAAUGAGCUAGGUAUCACUAAUGCAGUGUUUCAGUUAAUAACUUUUCUUUUCUUGUUCUUUUUCAAUUCCUCUGUCUCUGUCAUAUCUUGCAAUGAACAUUACACUGCAGGAAUCUAAGAGAUAAUUAAGUGUUCUUGCAUAGCAAGACCACUUAAUGUUAUCUCACAUAUAUGUUAUUCUUAUUAUUGUGGCCAAAUUUGCCACCCUAACUCCUCCCACAGUUUUUACACUACAUAGACAGUAAUAUACCGAAACGUGUGGAUUGUUCCCGAUUGGUGUGCUAUUACUUUGUGGAUCAUUUUGCCGAAUGGUUCACAGAAUAUCGUUGUUUUUGUGGCGAAAUUGGUCCCAUAGGAAUGAAUGGCAAAAUGUUCAAAACUAGAGUGGGAGCUGGCAAAAGCUGAAAAAUCAGGACAUGAUUUUUAAACUGCCACCACUCCCUCAUUUUCAAGCCCACCUACACAAAUCUUAUAUCAAAACGUUCAGCUAUCCCUGCUGCCACAAAACAUGUCAACGGCUAAGCCAUAGUCCUGAUAGUUUUCACAAUAUGACCAUUUGUUUGCAAAUCACGCCGUCCAUUGACAUUCAUUUGAAACUCCACUCUAGCCAGCUCAAACUUGAAGGGCAAUUUCUAAACUGCGACUGUGCCUUCAUUUUUCAGAGACAUACUGUGCAUCAAAAUGUAGGCCUGGGUCUUGUGAUUCUCACAAUAUAAAGCUCUUCGCUGUAGGAUUUAUAGUUUUUAAAAUACGACCGUUUGAAGAUGGCAACCGCCAGUUAAGUGAGCAAUUUGGAGUAGUUUGUUUUUAACCGCUCUUCUCUGCCCUAUUUGGAAUAUAAUAGUUCCUGUUGGCAGUUGGUGGAAUGUUCGAGGGAUAUGAAAGAUUUGAAAGCUCUUCUCUGCCCUUGCUGUAGAGUGAGUGAACCACACUCCAACCACACAACAGUUACUCAAGCCACUCCGCCCAGUUACUCCGCCCACUCCAGUUGUACACUACUAGUGGAGGCAAGAACACUUCACACAAUUUCCCCAGAAAUUGUAGCUUUUCUAGUUAUCUACAAUUUUAACUUGAACCUCUGUUGAGUGAGGAACUCUGUCACAACAGCAAAAGCCCUCUGAGUCACCAGUGAUUAUAAUGCUAGGAGUAUACUGGUGCAAUUUUCAGGAAAUAAGGUAAACCACUUUGCAAUGGGUCUCAAACCAUGAUCGUGCCGUAACUACAGCAGUCUAAUGCGGUGCUACAGAAACCAGAAGCCGAUCCUGCCACUCAUUCUGUGACUGAGAUAUCUGCUGAGCACUUUCAGGCAAUGAAUGAGUGUGUGCAAAUGAAUAAUAGCCAGCUUGUUAUACCUCUAGCAAGUCACAUAAGUAUCUGUGCAUUUGCAGUGUUUCAAACUGAAAUGCUACAUAUACAGACACCAAGCACCAUGACUACGUCAAAACACUGAAGUGGUCAUGGUGCUUCGAGUAACCGUUUGAGCCAAUUGUUUUGGUGCUUAGAAUAUCUCUUAAAAAUUAGAACUUUCUCCCAGUAGACAGUCACUUUGAGUUGAGUCCACCACAUGUGGAAGUAGUCACCUCUCAACCCACAUUGUCUCCAACAAACCCAGUUCUGUUCGAAUUGUACCCAUCCUAAACAAUUAAACACUAGGCAUUUCUUCCUGUAAAGUGACACAUAUCCUUCCCUCUGCUUGCUGUAUUCUUCCAAAUAGCUCCCUCCUUAGUUUCAUCUAAAUCACAUUCCUAAUGAUACAUGUAGCUCAGUUCACCCAAGCUGUGGAGUUAGACUAAAUAUAGUUGUAUAUUAGGGACAUCAACCCCUUUUGACAAGAACCCCUAUCACAAAACUCUUAAAUCACCAACACUUUUAACAUACCUUCUAUAUGUCUCAUCCUUCUUGUAUCUUAAAACUCUUCCUCAUUGACUUAAACCUCAUUAAAGUAUUUGCCCUCACCAGUGGUAAAGGAACACUAUAGGGUCAGGAAUACAAAUGUGUAUUCCUGAUCCUAGAGUGUUAAAAACCAUAUUUAGGUCUCCAGCCCUCCCUUGCCCCCUUUAAAUAGAGUGAAAACCCACCUUACUUUCAGUGUGGUUAUCAGACACUGACCUCGCCCCAGAUCCGCCUCCUUGGAUGACAUCAGAAUUGACAUUUCAGCCAAUCCAAUGCUUUCUCAUAGGAUAGAAAAGCAUGCUCUCAGCCAAGGAGGCAGGAUGGGGGCGGAGACAAACACUACCCUGGCCAAUCAGUAUCCCUUCAUAGAGAUGCAUUGAAUCAAUGCAUCUCUGUGAAGAAUGUUUAGCAUCUCCAUGUAGAGCGAGGAGACGCCGAACGCCAGUGCUGCAUGUUGACGUUCUGGCUCCUCCGAGGCAGAGUGUGAACAUAUGCGCCGCAAGUACAUUAGGCCUUUUAAUUUAAGUGAUGCUGGAAGUCAGGCUCUCAAAAUUCACCUAGCAUGCAGGUAGCGCCUCUAAUGGCUGUCCGGCAGCCACUGGAGGAAUGCUUAGUCCUGCAGUGUAAUCAUGAUUUAUAUUUCAGGACUAAGAGGGACAGGGGCAUUGCACCCAGACCACGUCAAUGAGCUGAAGUGUCCCUUUAAUCCCUAUUCUGUGUCUCAUUUCUCUAUGGCCGUUCCUCUGUAAAGUAGCAAAACCCACUUCUUUAUACCAGUGAUGGUACAUAUGUAUAGAAACAGGGAUACAGCUGUGUACUCUGUAUAUGUAUGGAAACAGGGAUAAUGCUGUGUAUUCUGUAUAUGUAGAGAAACAGGGAUAACGUUGUCUACUCUGUAUAUGUAGAGGAACAGGGAUAACGCUGUGUACUCUGUAUAUGUAGAGGAACAGGGAUAAUGCUGUGUACUCUAUAUAUGUAGAGAAACAGGGAUAAUGCUGUGUACUCUGUAUAUGUAGAGAAACAGGGAUGAUGCAGUGUACUCUUUAUAUGUAAAGAAACAGGGAUGAUGCAGUGUCCUCUGUAUAUGUAGAGAAACAGGCAUACAGCUGUUUCUGUUUCAGUUGAUUUAGUGAAGACUUGAUGUGAUAUAUUACAUGUCCAAUCUUGCCUUUUCAGGUCGUUCUGUGGCAAAUGAUAUUAUUGUCACUCAGGACUCCGUUAAUGCCACUGUUGGGCAUUCCAUCCUUCUCCAAACCUCUUACAAAAUUUCACAAAACAUGUACAACUGGCCAUCUCUUCAGUGGACGUUUGGAAACAGAGUUAUUGUGUAUUACUCUUUGCAAAAUGGUUCAAUAGACCCUGAAGGAACGCCAGUAUUAACUCGUGGAAAAAUACAAAUAUUCCCAUUGUAUGAACACCGUGUAACGCUUUAUCCUGACAAUGGUUCGUUAUUACUGAUGAAUCUCCACCUGCAGGACAGUGGCUGUUAUAACAUAUAUCUACUAAGUUUUGAAUCGAUAAUUAAUAAGACCAUCUGUCUUCACUUAGACAAUCCGUCUUUAUUGUCUGGUACGUAUAAAUUAAUAUGACUUCCAAAUAGCUGGGUAUAACCAAUAUUUGAUAAACAAGAUGUUCAGUGGCACAAAGGCUUUAACCCCUUAAGGACACAUGACAUGUGUGACAUGUCAUGAUUCCCUUUUAUUCCAGAAGUUUGGUCCUUAAUGGGUUAAAGGGAAAAUGUUGUGUAAAAAAAAAAAAAACCUCUGUCCGGGUGGAUUUGAUUUACAUCAAAGGAAGAGAAUAUUCUUUUUACACCAACAGAAGAAACCACUGCUGUUAAAAGUGAAAUCAUAACUUCAACAAUUUCUGAAUCCAAGUGCUUAAAGAGAUACUAUAGUGCCAAGAAUACAAAGCUGUUAAAGGGUUAAAAACCCUUUAUUUACUUACCUGAUCCCAGCGUCGAUGUCCCUCAGAGCCGGGUGGAAGCUCCCCCAUCGUAUGACAAGCGGGCUCGCAUGCGCAGCAAAUGCCACAUGUGCAUUAGAUCUCCCCAUAGAAAAGUGUUGAAUUAAUGCUUUCCUAUGGAAAUCUGACGCUGAAGGUCCUCAUGCAGUGCGUGUGGACGUCCAGCGUCCUAUACCAGACCAGAGUUUUGUUUCAAACCAGGAAGCCCUCUAGACAGCCACUAUGGGCAGACCACUUCAAUGAGCUGGUGUCACGUUCUUUAAAAAAUCAACAGUGAACAUUUGUUUCUUGAAUGGUUCCACUUUUGCUCUGAAGUUUAUUAUAGUUGUCAGUAGAGAUGGAUGAUUACUGGAUACCAAUGUCAUGGCUAAAUCAUCUUCUUCAGCACUUAAAGCACAUUAACCCCAGUUUAUAAAAGUGCCGAUUUUAAUCCAACCAGCCCUCUGAUUUAAAUGCAUUUUAUUUACAAUGCUUUAAAAAAAAAAAAAAAGUUAAUGCAAUAAAAAUAUUCUACAUCAGAAUUCUAUAACUGCACAUCUGAGAAAGGCAGACGGCAGAGAAUCAGGAGUAUUCGGUCUGAUUUUAUCAUAUCAACUCCUAUCCAUUUGCUAUUAAUGGAAUAAGACAUUUGUCCUCCAGCCACAGGUGCACUUAUCACAUAAGAUGCUCAAUAAACUGAUUAGACAUGCCCUGGUUGCUAUCCGUUUACUUGCAGUCCGAUACAGUUUUGUGAUCCGUAAUGUGUGAGGUUUUUUUCUUGCCAUGACGAUGCCAUGACGAUUUAUCUUGCCCGGUACUCAAGAUAACAGUGCAUGAUUUCAACAUUUUGGCUCCUAUAGAGAAAAUGAUGAAACCUAGACUGUUGGUGUGCUUCUGUCUGGUUCUGGAAAUACUACUUUAUGGUAUACACUUUGCUAUCAACAUUUCCAUUACAGAAAUAUGGGAGUAAUGAAACUCUUUAAAACAUGUAUAGUGUCCUUUAUCUUGCAAUAUUUCACAGAGGGUCCAAAAUAUUCGUAUAAAAGCAAGCAUACAAUUUUCUCAGAAAAAUAGAUAAAUAAAAAUAGCCUGCUUAUAUGUAUUUGUAAGGACCUUGAUUGCUUUACUAGCAGUACAGAUUACUGAAAAUGCCAACAGAAUGUAAAAAGAAUGUCUGUAUUUGAGCAUAAUGCCCAAAUCUGGCAAGUAAAAUAUAAUCAUAUACUUCUAAAAUAAAGGUUUUUAGAUAGCUUUAUAGCAAUCUCUAUAAUUCUAAUGGAAUGGUAAGAUGCAUAUGAUAGAUACCAGCCAGCAGUUCCUGCUAGGAGCCAGCUGAUUAGCUGAGAUUAUCAAUUAAUGAGUAAAGCCCUGCACUGCCAGACUUGGCUUAGAGCAGAGAGCUUCCUGGUGGCAGACCGUUUGAUUAUCUACAUGGGGUGGGUGGAAUGGCUCCUUGUAAAUAAAUGUAUACUUCUACAAGCUGGUAAUCAUUCCUGGAGUGUAAAUUAAGGGGAAAUUGGCUUUAUGACUUUACUACCAUAAUCAUGUGUAAACGUGUACUUUUAGUAAAGGGAAAAGGAAGACCUCUAGAACAUGGUGGUCAUAUUUCUAACACCUACAGUAAUCUUUUAUUGAAUCGUGUUUUUGUGUAAAAGAAACAAUCAUAUCUGGAAUCCCGAUCACUCACAGAUUAUUGUCAAGCAAUGAACAUAGUAUAUUUUAUCGUUUAGAAUUCUGAUUCCUUUUUUUUCCCCCCACAGAUAACAAGUCUACUUAUUACAAUGAUUGCAAAGUAAUUUCCGCAAUAUUCUGCUUCUUUUGUGGUUUGAUAAUCUUUUGGGUGUUCCUGUUCCGGCAUUGCAGAAGUAAAGCUUGUCCUUCGCUGAGUGAUAAAAUCUAUAAGAAGUGUUUUCACAUUUUACGUCUUGACCUCCCUACGAAUGACCUGGAAGCUGGUACUGAAGUUGAAUUUAUUGGACAAAAGACGGUCGGCUAUGACAAAGCUGCAGCAACAAAGCCAGCCUUGACCGUUUUGUCUCUCUUACAGUUAAAGGAACACUCAUAUCCCCAUAAGCAGUACAGUUUGCUGUAG